AUGGACGACGAUGAGUUCGAUACAGACGCCGAUCUCCUGGCGGCUCUAGCUGCCUCCGAAGCUGCUCUGGCUGCUCCAACGCGUGUUCAGCAACCGACCCCGCAGCGUCUUGACCACGCCCCUCCUGUGAGCAGUGUUCCAAGUCAUCCAAAGGUUGUACAGCCAACACCACAAGCUCUCCCUUCGCGCGCCACGGGUUCAGGCUCUUCCAUACUCGUCUCCCCGCGUCAGAAAGGCAAUCCGAUUCUCACCAAUCUACGCUCCUUUGCGUGGGAGUAUUCCGACAUCCCUGCCGACUAUGUUCUAGGACAGACUACGUGCGCGCUCUUCCUUUCCCUCAAGUACCAUCGUUUGCAUCCCGAAUACAUCUACAACCGCAUCCGGAACCUUCAGGGGAAAUAUAAUCUGCGUAUCCUGCUUACAAUGGUGGAUAUCGGGAAUCAUGAAGAUAGUCUGAAAGAGUUGGCGAAAACGAGUUUGGUCAACAACGUUACUGUCAUAUUAUCCUGGAGUGCCGCGGAAGCAGCACGCUAUUUGGAGUUAUAUAAGAGCUAUGAACAUGCGAAUCCAACCGCUAUUCGAGGUGUUGAGAGCAAGGGAUAUGCAGAGAAGAUGGUGGAAUUCGUGACGGUUCCGCGAAGCAUCAAUAAGACAGAUGCUGUCACAUUAGUAAGUGCGUUUGGCAGUUUAAGAGCCGCGGUCAAUGCUCGACCGGAAGAAAUCGCAGUCAUUGGUGGCUGGGGCGAGAAGAAAGUUAGGAAGUGGUGUACCGUUGUCAACGAACCUUUUAGGGUACGUAAAGCUGCAAGACGUGGCCUCUCGAGAAAUGGAGGAACGGAAGAUGUUGAGGCGAGAAGAGGGGUUUUGGAGCGAGCUAUUCCAUUGAGCACGGUACCUCGAAGGCAGAUGCAAUCUACUGGCGAGGACGAGAUAUCCCAAGAGCCAGGGGUACCAUCAAAUGGACCUGAUACGAGUGAACCAGAUGAAGACGAACUGGAGGCUUUAGCCGCCGCCGCUGCUGAAGCGGAAAAUACGCUGCGAAAGGAGAGCCGAAACGAGAGGACGCGAAAAGAUGAGGAGCUAAGUGGCGGCCUCGCUGCUGCACUUGCUAAGCUACGAGACAACAGCUGA